UUGAAAGGAUUAAAGUGUUAUUACAAAUUCAAGGUCAGGGUGGUGAUGUUAAAUACAAGGGUCCGCUCGACGUAAUACGUCAUCUUUAUAAGGAAGGUGGUUUAGGUAGUAUUUUUCGUGGAACUGGUGCUACGUUGCUCCGUGAUGUUCCAGGAUCUGCUGCCUAUUUUGGUGCUUAUGAAUUUACAAAAAAACUUUUAACUUCUUCUGAUUCUACUUUGAAUCCUGCUGCUUCACGCCUUCAAUCGGCUCCUUCUGGUCAAUAUAAGGGUUUUAUGGAUGUGUUACGUCACUUACUUAAAACGGAUGGUCCAUCUGCUUUGUUUAAGGGUAUCGGUCCUGCGUUAUUAAGAGCUUUUCCUGCAAAUGCUGCGGCUUUCAUGGGAUACGAAGCUAGUUUAAAAAUAAUGGAUAAGUUAUGGUAG